AUGGGGGACUCCGGGGAUGAGCUCUUCAAGGAGCUUGAAAGAACCUACUGUCCGCCAAUUGAUCCCGCGUUGUUUGUUGCGAUCGUAUCAGACUUUGACUUGACCAUCCCCACUCAAGUUGAACAGUUGCGUGAAACCCUAGACGUGUUGAACGCAUCUGCCGUUGAGCAAGAGAAUUUGCCAUUUGACCCGACAGGCACAACCAACAUCCGAAAUUCUGACGUCUCAGGAUCUUUGAUCGGCGAAUCAUCUGACGAUGCACCUUCGGAAUUUACAAGCUGGCCAUCGCUUGACCAUCCUGAACAAGAUAACGAUGAUCCCAACGACGCCAGUCGUGAGGCCCAAAGUCUCAAAGGCUCUAAGCUUGCAUACACCUUCCUGGGUAUGACGACUGCCGACAAGGCACAGAACUUGAUUAGCAUGUUCCCAAGCAUCACUCGCCUGGAAGCUGAGCGCAUCCUCGAAGAUUGUCAUGAUAACCUCAGUCGCUCCAUGGAUGUCUUGCUCAAUCUUGCCUUCAUUGAAGAGACACAAAUUGCGCGAGAGAUUCCUCAAGAAACCCCUAAAGAGGCUGCUCAAGACAGUCAAUCCUCCGUGCCCAAGUCAAUCGAUGGCUUCCAGGCCAAGGAGGACCUGAACGGCGGCAGCAAGAAAUCCCGAAAGAAGAAGAAGCAGCAGAACCAACGUCGAGUCGACUUGGCCUCCCAGGCCAUGAAUAACACCGCUACCAAUAAAUGGGAGACAGGCAAAAAGGACAUUGAUUUUAUUUCCUCGCGGGCGUGUGCUUUGCAGAGGGAGAAAAUUGCGUCGAUUUAUCAUGAGAACUCAAUGUCACUCUGUGCAACAAUCAGAGUUUUGGCACAGGCCCAUGCGCCCAAGGACAUCCACGAAAUUGAGGACGAUCCUGUACUCGUUACGCAAGUGGGGGAGCUCAGUCACAAGUACCCUGGCGUCCAACCCACCACAUUAAUUGGCUUGAUUCGAAUUGCAAACAAUCAGAUUUCAGCCGCAGAUGAUCUGGCUGACACCUUAUCCCGUCGGCCUGAUAUCACUUCUGUUGCAAAUAUCAUCAGUUUUGUCUCAUCCCCGGUCACCCUUGACGACGAAGAGGAGAAUGUGGCUCCAGCUCAGCAGAUGGAUUCUGCCUCAGACUUUAUGGAUUUCAACCAAGCCGCUGCCGCCGCCAACUCCCACUUUGCAGCCCGAUCAGCUGCCCUCGCCCAAGCCUCCCAGUCCGCCCGCCGCGCCCGCUCCAACCCCCUCUAUGGCGGUGCCUCUGCCUACUAUCGAGACGUCGGCAACGAGCAACGUCAGCUGGCCAUGCGUCAUUUGGCGACAGCUUCUGACCGGCUGGUUGCCCGCCAGUCCUCGCACUCUGACCUGGACUUGCAUGGCGUGACGGUUGCCAACGCGGUUAGAAUCGCUCGCGAGAGAGUGCAGGCGUGGUGGGACGGACUGGGAGAUCAGAAGUACGUUCGUGGUGGGGGUCAGAGUUCCCACGGUGGGUUCAAUAUUGUGUGCGGCGUUGGUCACCACUCCCUCGACCGCAAGUCACAUAUUGGACCCGCCGUGUGGAACAUGCUGUUGAAGGAGGGUUGGCGCGUGGAGCUCAACCGGGGCUCUAUGUUAGUGACCGGAGUGAGCCGUCGAUGA